AUGUUCUACACAAAUGUAACAAGGAUAAAGGAUUUCUUCAUCCUGGGAUUUGCUGGACUUUCACGGGAGUAUUAUGGACCUGUGUCAGCCCUGCUCUUUCUUCUCUUCUUGGCUAUAGCUGUAGGAAAUAUUUUCAUUUUAGUGUUUGUGAAAUGUGAAAGGUCUCUCCACAAACCCUCAUAUCUGAUCUUUUGCCACUUGGCACUAACUGACUUAGCAUUUGGGACUAUUACUCUGCCAAAGAUUAUAUCAAAAUACUGGUUUGAUGAUGGCAUUAUUUCAUUUUAUGGAUGCUUUGCACAAAUGUAUUUUGUCCAUUUUUUAGGGGCGACUCAUUCUUUUAUCCUGAUGGUGAUGGCCCUCGAUCGCUUCAUUGCAAUUUGUGCUCCCCUGCGUUACACUGUGCUUUUCACAAACACCACUGUUUCUGUGCUUUGUGGAAUAUCAUGGUUUAUACCAGCGUCAUGGAUGGUGGGUAUAGUUUUUGAUGCUCUUACUUUGCCUUUCUGUAAUUCAAACACAAUUUUGCAGUGCUAUUGUGACCAUAUAACAAUAACAGUGCUUGGAUGUGAGAAUGUACGAGACGUUCAGGUCAUUGCAUUUGGUCUUGCCAUGUUUAGUUUGUUGUUGCCUCUGGGUUUUAUCAUCUUCUCGUAUUUUGUUAUCAUUGUUGCUGUAAUAAAAAUGUCCAACUCCGAUGGCCACCACAUCAGGGCUCUGUCUACGUGCACACCACAGCUUCUCAUCACAGGUCUAUAUUACAUGCCGAGAUGCUUUGUUUAUCUUGCAAAUAAUGUGGGAUUCUCUUUGAGUGAUCCAGUUCGUAUUGUUGUUGUAAUGCUGUACAGUCUUUUACCUGCUGCUAUCAACCCAAUAAUAUAUUGUUUCAAAACCAAGGAUAUCAAAGAAAACUUGAAGAAGAGAUUUUUGAUGAGGAAAAUUAAUAUCAGCACAAAUAAAGGAUAG